UAUCUGUUGUUUUUUAUUUCAUUUGACAGCUACAACUUGAACAUGGAGUGUUUGACACGGUGCUUGAAUUGAUUUAGUGUUUUAUUUAGAAAAGUUAUUCGUCGACUGUUUUCUACUCUCAAAGCAUAAUGCAUUACAUACAAUAAUUGUGUAUGAAUUAUUAAAUAUUUUUAACAACUAAAUAACGUUUGCAAAGUGCUCAUUACCGCAAAUAAUACGACGUAAUCAUGGCGGAUCCUUUAAGUUUACUUCGCCAGUAUAAUGUAAAUAAAAAAGAAAUUAUUGAACGUGACAACCAAAUUAUUUUUGGUGAAUUUUCAUGGCCUAAAAAUGUCAAGACUAAUUACCUUAAGUGGGGAUCUGGAAAAGAGGGAAGUGAUAAAGAAUAUUAUACUCUGGAAUGCUUGUUGUUUAUACUGAAAAAUGUACUUUUGCCUCAUCCAGUUUAUGUAAAGCAAGCAGCUGCCGCUAAUAUUCCACCUGUACGGCGUCCUGAUCGUAAGGAAUUGCUCGCUUAUCUAAAUGGUGAGACAGCAACUUGUGCAUCUAUAGACAAAAGUGCACCUUUGGAAAUAUCAACACAGGUUAAACGGACUCAUGAUCAUGAUGGAGGUGAAUCUGAAGCUAAAAAGCCUCGUAUUGAAGAAACACAUGUUCAGAAAGUACGAGAGCAGCUGGCAGCUCGUCUUGAUGCACCUAAAGAAGCUUCUGUUACAGUUGAUAAUAUCAAGUCCUUAUCAGAGGCUAUGUCCGUGGAGAAAAUUGCUGCCAUCAAAGCCAAGCGUUUAGCUAAAAAAAGGACAACCAUUAAGAGCAAUGAUUAUUCAGAUACUCUUGGUGUUGUGGGAUCCGAUCUCAGAGCCAUCCUUGACUAUGAUGUUGACCUUACUAAAGAUAUUAUUAGUCGAGAGAGGCAAUGGAGGACCAGAACUACAGUAUUACAAAGUAAUGGGAAGACUUUUGCAAAAAGUAUUUUAGCUCUUCUCGGUAGUAUAAGAGCAAGGGAAGAGGGAAGGCCAGGAGCACCCAGGCCACAACCAGUAGUCAUGCCUCCACCGACAGCCAUACCUGCACAGCAAACUCAGUAUAACAGAUACGAUCAGGAAAGAUUUAUCAGACAGAAAGAAGAAACGGAGGGUUUCAAAAUUGAUACUAUGGGGACAUAUCAUGGUAUGACCCUAAAGUCAGUGACAGAAGGUCCAAGUGUGCCAGCACCAGCUCGUGCUCCACAAACACCAAAUCAUCCAAGACAAAUGCCACAGAGCGGCGCGGCGGGCGGCACCCCGCGACGGGAGCUGCUGCCGGUGACGGCGGCGCGCCCGCCCGCGGGCGGCAAGCGGCCCUCGCGCACGCCCAUCAUCAUCAUCCCCGCCGCCGCCACCUCGCUCAUCACCAUGUACAACGUCAAGGACAUGCUCCAGGAGCUCAAAUUUGUACCAGUUGAGCAGAAGAAAGCAGAAGGGUCGGUUCGGGAAAAUGAAGUAUUAUUACAAAGAAGGAAAGGUCCAACCGGUGAUCAAGUACCCAAUAAUGCGACUACAAUAACGGUACCUUAUCGAGUAGUAGACAACCCUGCGAGGUUAUCUGCUGCCGAAUGGGAUAGAGUGGUCGCUGUAUUCGUCCAAGGCCCGGCAUGGCAGUUCAAAGGGUGGCCCUGGGAUGGAAACCCUGUUCAGAUCUUUGCUAAUAUAUGCGCGUUCCACUUGAAGUUCGACGAGAUGAAGCUGGACGCGAACGUGGCGCGCUGGGCGGUGACGGUGCUGAACCUCAGCCGCACCAAGCGGCAUCUCGACCGCGCCGCCCUACUCGCCUUCUGGGAGACGCUCGACAAACACAUGAUGAAGAAUAAACCGCACCUUAGGUUUUAAGUUUGUUUUAGAGUUAUAAAAUUUUAUCCUAUAGACUAUUAUACCGUGUGAAUAUCCAGAAGCCUUAAACGCAAUUAAAAUCUAAGUCAAUCGUACCGUUUAAAGAAUAUUUUGGUGAUAUUUCAUCGUAGCUUUAUAAUACAAUUAUAUAUUUUCCUUUUCCAUACAUUAUAUUUAUUGUCUUUUAUUAUGAUUAAAUUUUAUUUUAAUUGAAAUGCAAAAAGGUAUCGAAAUAUGAGGUCGGAUAUAAUCAAUGAAUAAAGUUAUUCAAUUGUAUAAAAAAAGGGAUUUAAAUAAUCGCUAUAUUGUUUUACAUAAGUAAAAGUAUAUAGCGAUUACAACUCGUCGUAAGAUGAAAUAUAAUAUGUCACUAAGUUCUAAUAAUUGUUGGGUCAUCUUGUUAUGGAUAUAGUGUAAAAUAUAUUACUACCCAGUAUGAUUUGUUUAAAGUUACAUUAUAUUAUAUCAACAAUAGUUUGUGCAUUAAUUUUAAAAAGACUGCAAUUUAAACUUUGAAAUAUAUUUCUUAUACAAACAUAACCCACGUUUUGUAUACACUAUUGACCUAGAUCUACUCACAUGAAAUAGCUCAAGGCCUCUGCAAUCUAAAUAUAAAACAGAAAUCAAAAAUAACUUCAAUAAAAAGUGAUAAAUUUUACGUGAAUGUUACACAAAAAUGAGUUAUGACUGAGAUUAAUGGACCGAUCUUGAUGGAAUGCUUUGAAUUCGAAAAACUUCUUAAGAAUGUAAUGGUAAUAGUUUCAUACAGUUAUGACAUUCAGAACAGCCAAGAAUACAGAUUCAAAGUUUUUAACUUUGAUAAAAGCCAAUCUUUUUAGACAUUUUACGGUCUGUUCUUUUCAUUAAUAUUGUUUAUAUAUAUAAACUACAUAUUCUUAUAUAUAUAAGAAAUAUAGGGAAUUUAAAUGAUGAAAAUAUUCUAUAAAAAAUCUAAAACCAAAAUUAUAAAAAUU